AUGGCACGGCUGAUGUCAUCUCGCUGUGGCGCUAGCGCUUGGCGCAGAUGCCUAGGGUGCCAACGGAGCUUCUCCUCCGUGAGGGAUGACAUGAGCUUGUUGAGCACGCAAAUCGUCGACAAUGUCGCGGUGGUUCGAUUUCUCUCACCAGAAGGUCAAUUCUCUUGGGGCACCCGAGUGUGGGAGCAUCGCAUCAAUCCAUCCCUCAUCAAGCAGGUUAACCAGGCGCUGGAUGAAGCGGAAAACGCUGGUGUUCAAGCGCUUUUGGUGACAGGUGAGGGAAAGUUUUUUUGCAAUGGAAUGGAUCUUCAGUACAUCUCCGCGCAUGUCAGCCAGUCCACUGAGAUUCAGACUGACGCAGAGAACUUGAUGAGACGCAUUCUGACUCUGGGAAUGCCGACGGUUGCAGCAGUGAAUGGGCACAUGACAGCAGCAGGGGCAAUGCUGGGACUGUCCUUUGACAAGCGGUUGAUGCCAGCUGAUUCCAAAAGUCUAUUCUUCAUUCCCGGCAUAGACAUUGGUUUGGUCUAUUCUCCUGGCAUGACGGAACUCAUGAAGGCAAAGAUGCCCCUUCCAAUGUGGACAGACGUGCUUUGCAUGGGCAAGAGGUACAAAUCUGAGGACCUCCUCAAACAUGGUGUAGUGGAGGCGACGCCACCGCCUUCUGACCUCUUCGAUGCCGCAAUGGAGCUCGCCAAGUCUUUGAAAAGCAAAGGCAAAGACCAGAAGACACGCGAGACGAUGCGAGGCAUCAAAGGAAAUUUGUACAAGGAUGCCGCUGCACAUCUUGGAAGCGCAGUUCAAGAUAUGGGCUUUGCCACUGGAACCUUUUCAGCCACUGGUCGGCCAAAGGCGUGA